AUGGUCAAAGAUAGGCCAAACAUCACUACUGCUGCUAUUGCUGGCAUCGAUCCAUCUACUGGCGCCAUCACAAAAAGCGUCAGAGAAAUCAACAGUGUAAUGGCAAAUCAUGGACGCACCAAGUAUGAGAUCCGGAAGUCGAAGAUCCAACAAGAUCUAUAUUUUACCAAGGAAGAUGUGGUAGCUGCCUUUGAAGAUCUUGAUGAGAAGUAUCCAGGCUUCAUGGAUUCAGCACAGAUUAUCCCUAGCAAGUUUUUUGUGAGCUUCUGUUCACCUGAAAUGCUUCAGCGUAAUCUCCCAUUCGCAGAUCAACCGAUCAUAACAGAUGUCACUUUCAAGGCUGUCCCAAAGGGCUAUUAUCUAUGCUCAAGUGUCAUCUAUAUCGAGCAACUCCUGAAGCAUGUCGUGUUUUAUCAAGCGAUAGUCAGAAGCAGCACUACACAUGUUUUCAAAGAGUACUUUGUUGCUUUGUUUAGAAAAUUUGAUGUCAAAAUGGAGAGGUUUUUGGGAGUCAUUAUGGACUUUUCAGCUGCCCAACGCGAAGGUUUAAUACUAACGCUCAGGGAUAGCUUUGGUGUCAAGCAGCACAAUACAUUACCUUUUUUAAAAGGAUGUUAUAUGCAUUGGAUGCAAUCAGUCAAGCGCAUGUCCAACAACCACCAAGUUGUCAAGCCAAAUGAGAUUGAUACCUUCUUGAAACUAGUCCAUCUGUUCCGUACCACAAGAAAUAGUACCGAACUGUCUUUGAUGAAGGACGACUUGAGGCAACACAAGAGCCGCACAUCCAAUGCAAUUGAGGCGUUCCAUAGCGCCUUGUACAAGUUGAUGCCAGAAAAAAGACAGCCCGUUUCCACAAGCUUAAGACUUUUGUUGCAGGUCGCCAAGCGUGAUAGAAUGAUGUUGUUGAUGGAUUUUUAUGACAAUAAUAUCCGACCACAUUACGGAAACAAACCCAAGAAGCCAACAAAAAAGUAUGCAACUCUGUAUGAAAUUAAUGACGGCCGUGCGCCAGAUAACAACACUGCACUCUUUGGCACCAAGAAGAGAAAACAAGAAGUGGUGCUCAUUAGCGAUGCUGAGGAGGAUGGUAAACGCAAGGCCAAGAAAGCAAAAACCCGUGAUGUUAGUUUGGAUGCUGCCAUAAUUGAGCAUCUGGAUGAAGCUGAUGAAAUGGAGAGGAACUGUCCCAAGAUGGAUGAUUUUCCAGAUGAUUUUCCAGAUGAUGAUAUCAGUGAUGAGAAACUGUUCCUUGAAUUACUCUCAGACAACGAAUGCAAAAGCGAUAAAGCAGAAAAUGUAUUUGGUAGAACUGAGAACCUAGAUAAAGACAUUAAGGAUAUGUUUGAUGACCUUGGAAUUCCUGUUGAAGAUGUUGUCGACUCAAAUGAAGAAUCCAAAUUGUUCGUUAUUAAUCUCGUAUCAUCUUCCUCUUUCUCUUCCUCUUCUUCUUCUUUAAUGAAGACCAAAUGCAACCUCCCGUCAGUUUUACAACGCAAGUCUGAGCCUAUCUCAUCCAAUAUGAGAGCACUAUCCGAUUCUAAUUUUUCAUUGCCUUCGCCUCCUUCGAACUUACCCUUUCCUGCAAGUGAUGGUACACGUAUUGAUCUUACGAUUCAAGGAAUUCAAAAAUCUAUAUCUGAUACAGUAAUUGAUCUUUGCUCUCCUCCAAUGCCCCAUGAGACUUCGACAUUAGUAGCAAUCGAACCCAAUACAAGCGAUGAGACCAGGAUGACAAGUGAGUCUCGACUUGAAAAUGAGUUAUCUGCCACUGUCGGCUUCUUGGUACCACAAAAAUUGGUGUCUCUUCAAAAAUAUCAAUGGCUCGUAAAGGAUUACAAAAAUAACGAUCCAGGGAAAUACUCGUCUUUACCUGUUCCUACGUACAUUUUCCCCAACCAAAACAACUCUUGUUUUAUCGAUGCAUCUUUUGAGCUCCUGCUCAAUGCCGUUCUUCCGUUUGUGGAUAUGUCUUUCGCUGAUGUUGUGCCAGAAGGGCUACAACUGUCUAUAAAGAUUAAGGUAUUCUUGAUGGCUGACCACCAAAGCAAUGCCUAUGGUAGUCUUCUUGUCGAUGCUUAUUAUGAAUCUUAUUCCCAGCAGUCUCGUUUUGGUAUUCGUGCAGCUACUCUUACAGCAAGACAGUUUGUUUGGAAUAUGACAGAAUACAAGAUUGUCUCUGGUGUUCCCCGAAUGAUCAAGACAUUCCCGAAAGGCCAUGAAGGUGAUACUCACAAUUUGGCGAGCAAGAUACUACAGCGUUUGUCGGGUGCCUUUGCAAGCAAGAUUUGUACAUUUCCGUCAUUGCAAAGUGAAAGAAAAGUGUCUUGCUCUGUAGAAAAAGCGCAUGCAUAUGCUAGAGAUGCCUUUUUUGAGUUUAUCUACAUGAUUCCAGCUACUAUCGUCAAGGAAUUGAAAGACUGUCGUGGAUUUAUCAAUGAAGCGGCACUGGACGUGAAAUUCAAUGACUUGUUCAGAGAGAAGGUGCUCGAGGAACAUCAGAAAGGAAAGUGUAACUUUCCAGGGUGCGAUGGAGUUUCGACAUCACUCAAAAUACUACCUCAAGAUGAUCAGUUUCUCGAGUUCCUGUUCAUACAAGAUGGUGCAAACUUUGUCUCUGGACGAACAGCAGGAAAAUAUGUUUACCUGUCUACAUAUAUCCACAUAUCACAGACUUUAAAAUACAAAUUGCACGGUAGAGUCUACUCGACUUGCUAUGAUGAUAUUGACAAUUGGAAACAGCAGCAAAUGAAGGUGUUCACCUCAGAUAUAGACGUGGCAGAGCGUCUUUUGAAAGAUAUCUCUAACACGGUGUAUGCAUGUUAUCGUAUUUGCCAGAUCAGAAAAUAG